UUCAUCAACUGGAGAUGAAGCAGCCAGAUUGGUGCAAGCAUUGGAGAUGACCCCGCAAAACUAUGAAGAAGCACUGCAAAUUCUAAGACUUCGGUACGACAACAAACGUUUUAUAUUUCAAUCCCACAUUGAGAAGAUAUUCUCAAUUAAGCAGUCGUCCAAUCCCACUGUCCAUGAAGUGCGCGAUUUCAUCGACUCUGCAAACGCCAAUUUAAGAGCACUGCUAUCAAUUGCCUCAAAAGAUCAAAUUUCGAAUGGAAUUUUAUUGCAUAUGAUGGUGUCCAAACUUGAUGCAGACACUCAGGCAAAAUGGGAAGAAGAAAUUUUCACCAAUUGGGACAAUGGCGAAAUAUCAGAAGAACUUGAACUUCCAGAAUUAAAAGAUCUUGCUUCGUUCCUCGAGAGGAAAUGUAAGAGUUUGGAUUUAAUUGGAAGCAGCAUAACAAAACAACAAUCACCGUACGCACGAAAUCAAAAUCGUAAUACAUCAUUUCCAUCAAAAAAGCGAGCAGCCUCUUCUUUUCUCGCCUCAAAUUCGUCGAACCAUUGUUGUUUUUGUAAGACAUCCCCCACUCACAACCCAUUCCACUGCCGUAAGUUUAUUGAAAUGAAUGAACUAGAAAGAUUUCGUACGGUAAAAAACCUUAAGCUGUGCUUAAAUUGUCUUGGAGCUAACCAUAUCGCCGCCAAUUGUCCGUCUACGAACAGAUGUCAACAUUGUAACACCUCACACCACACGUUAUUGCACAAAUCAAAUAAUCCAUCACCUACUGCCAAACCACCAGCACUAUCGCCACCACAGCCUCUGUCGUCGCCUGCUCACCCGCAACCAUCAAAUACAGCAAACAGUGUAGAGUUCACGCAGCCAACUUCGCUUCACGCCUCAGAAGAAGAUAGUACCGUUAUACUCGGAACAGCACGGGUAGAGUUGACGUCAUCAAAAGGUAGAUCAAUAGUAGCACGCGCCCUGUUAGAUUCAGGGUCACAAUUACAUUUUGUCACAGAACAUAUUGCACAAUACUUACGAGUACCUCGCAAAAAGAUAAUAAUGGAAGUACGAGGAAUAGGAGAGGGAGAAACUAGAGUUUUUGGCAACAGUGUUUUUGUUAUUAAGUCGCUCAACUCCAACUUUUCACCAACCAUCAACGCCACCAUAAUUCCAUCGAUAACGUCGUACCAACCGCAGACGACACUGGACAUUAAAAGUUGGAUUAUUCCAGGUAAUAUAAAGUUGGCCGUUAACUCAUUUAAUUUGCCAGGGCCUAUAGACUUGCUCAUUGGGGCUGAGUUAUUUUUCGACUUGUUACUCGUAGGACAAAUCAAAUCUGACAACAAACCAACACUACAAAAAACAAAGCUAGGCUGGAUUGUGGCUGGCCCUUUGUACAAAAAACAACAACAAUUCAUCGCAAGCACUGAAUCAGUUGUGCAUUCUUCUUUGCUCUCUACUUCUUUAAAACCAAAUUCACUACGUUCAGAUGACAACAUAGCAACACAAGUUCCACCAUCCACAAAGAUCACGUCACAACAAAGAUCAGCUGACUCAUUUUCAUUUGUUUGUUUUAAUGUUUCUUCACAGCCAACGUACAACUGCUUGCAGAUGAAAGAGGAAUCGAUGUUAGACACAAUUUUGGAGCGAUUUUGGAAAAUCGAAGAAUGCCCCCAAUCAUAUCAACAAAGCCUAACAGACGAAGAGGAGGAAUGCGAACGACUAUUUAAAAAAACUACAUCCAGGUGUCCAAAAAGUAACAAAUUCAUUGUGCGAUUGCCAUUCAAGGUAAGCAAACCAGCACUGGGUGCAUCUUUUGGAAUAUCACAGCGUCGUUUAUUUGCCGUAGAAAAGAAAUUGCAAAGCAACGCAGACUUGCAAAGCGAAUACGGAAAUUUUAUUCGUGAGUAUAUAAAUCUGCAACACAUGGAAGAAACCUUCCCCACCGGUGAUGUUACUUUCAAUUAUAUCCCACAUCAUUGUGUAACCAAACCGGACAGUUCGACAACAAGACUACGAGUUGUUUUUGAUGCGUCUUGUCGAACUGCUAAUGGAGUGUCACUCAAUAACAUUUUAAGAGUAGGACCCACUUUGCAAGAGGACAUAUUUGCCAUUUUGACUAGAUUCCGCUUUCAUAAAUUUGCGCUGGUUGCUGAUAUCACCAAAAUGUAUCGGCAGGUGCUGGUGGAUGAGAGGGAUUGUCUAUGGCAAUGUAUUCUAUGGAGAAAUUCUCCCAAUGAUCCCUUAUCGUCAUAUAAAUUAAAAACAUUAACAUACGGCACAAGCUGUGCGCCAUAUUUGGCAGUUAAAUGCCUUCAAGAACUGGCUAAACAAGAAUCAUCGAACUUCCCUGUUGGGUCAAAGGUUACCCUUCGAGAUUUUUACGUGGACAAUCUUAUGACAGGUGGGAACACGAUUGAGGAGGCAAUCAACAUAAAACAAGAGGUAUCGGCCUUGUUGCAAAAGGGUGGCUUUUUCCUUCGAAAAUUUGCUGCAAAUAAUGAGAAAAUCAUAUCAGAUGUUCGAGAAGAGGAUCGGGAAGAAAUUGUCAAGGUAGACGACACACAAUUUGUUAAGACGCUAGGUCUUAGAUGGUCACCACAUGAGGAGUUUUCAGUUACUCAUACUAUAACACUGAUGGUAUUGGAAAACGAGUUACAAAACGAGUUAUUUUGUCAGAUAUGGCCAAAUUAUUUGACCCUUUAGGGCUUGUGAAUC